AUGUUGCUGAAAGAACUAUUCGCGUUUGUGAUACUAUUGUAUCUAAUCGAUGUCACUUUUUGCCAAGAAGGAGCCUGGAACUUGAGUUUGACUCACGAGGAGCUUAAUGGAAGAACGUAUUGUCGUCCGAAAAGCGACAAAUCCGAGCACCACGUGGCUUUCAUCAACCGAAAGGAUUUUGUCUGGGAUUGCAAGAACAUUGCACAUACCGUUUUUUUCAUGGUUCAAUGGUCCGAAAGUGAAAUCAAUUCAUUGGUGUCAAAAAUCGAAUAUCUGUACGCUUCUAUACUGUUCAUUGAAAACACGAUGGCGGAGAGGAUCGAUUUCUCAUCGCUUAAGCAUAUUGAUAAUGUUACUCUUGAAAUCAAGCACAACCCGAAAUUGAAGACGAUUCUAUUCCGGAAGGACGCGCUUACAUUCAGCGAUUCUAUCAUUUAUUUAUUCGGCUCGCCGCAAUUCACCGAUGAGAGCAUGCCGGUCAUCAAGAAUCACUGCAUCGAAUAUUGCGCUAGAGCGCGCACCACCGAAAUGCCAAUCAAGCGUGAGAAAGACCGAUCGACGGGUUUGGAAUGGUGCUCGUUUGAUUCGAGAGGCGCCAAGGCCACCUAUUACAAGCCGAACCCACUAUUGACGACGUGCCCGGGAAUGUUCUAUAUGAAAAUCUACAUGAUUGGCUGGCCGGUUGCCGAAAUCCAGAAGGUGCUCAGCAGCAUCCACUCGCUCUACUAUGUUGCCAUUUUGAUUGCGCAUACCGAUAUUGAGACGGUCGAUCUCACCUCGAUGGCCUAUGUGAAUAUCUUUCAUCUUUAUCUAUUGGACAAUCCGAAGCUCAAGGAUGUUUAUUUCUCCGAUGUUGUUCGAAACACGAAGAAGCUUCGCGACAGCGUUACUGUGAUCUCAUUCAAUAAUCCAAAAAUGAGCUUGAAAAGCGCUGAAUAUCUCAAACUAUUCUGCAAUUAUGCGUGUUUAAUUGAAAAUGCUAAUUUGAAGCCUACACCACCAACGACGACGGCGAAGAUUGCCACUCAGCUGCCGUUGAUCGUCGGCACCGAACCGAUGCCGGUGAAGGAGAUGAUGAUAUCCCAUAGGCCGUGGAUCAUCGGUCAAGAAGAUCAACCAAUUCCAGUUACAGAAGCACACGAGGAAUCAGUGGAGACGACGACGGAGUCGAUUGAUGAGGAUUCGCAUGCCACCUCAUCCUCGAUUCUUCUUAUUCCAGCAGUUUUGCUGGCCAUUCUUCUUGGAGAUUUUUAA